GCGAAAACGACAGUACACUGUGUUACUACCAUAUGAUUGGCUCGCCUCCCUUGACGUACUAGCGCUCGGCCGAUUUUUUUCAAGCAAAAGGAAAAACUGACAAGUAGUCCGUCGCCCGCCCAUCGCUUGCGACCGUCUCAUCAUUUCCGUCAUCUGGAUCAACCCACCGUCCGUUCAUCCGUCUCGGCCCCUCACCCACCCCGUCCGGACUCUUGUCCCAGCGUCUGGUCGGCACCACCCCCCGCCCGUGACACGUGGUGUCGGUGCCCUUGUCGCGUCGCCAUUCAACACCCGUUCAUACCGUCCAACCAAACCCCGAUCCUGGUUGGACGGCUCUCCUUCCCCUCCUCAGGCCCCGUGAGCGACCGGCUGACGCGCCAGCGCCAUGGCGGGCAUGUCCGAGGAGGACUAUGGCGCCACCGACGUCUCCCUCGCCGACGUGUCCACCGCCGGGAACGGAAAGCAGCGCAAAGGACCGCGGUUCAGCUGGACGCCUGCGUACGAGGCAACCUUUUUCCGUUCGCUUUGUGAGUCGGUGCAGCUCGGCCUGAAGGACAACCACAGUUUCAAGGCCGAGGCAUGGGACCGCGCCGCCACCGCUUUGCAGAAACAGCAUGGCGCAUACCCUAAUAAGGGCCAUCUCAUCAACAAGUCGGACAAUGCGCGAAAGAAGUUUCGCCUAUGGAGGGGGCUGCGCGAGGACCCCGACUUUCUCUAUAAUCCUUCAACGCGACAGGUCACGGGCACCGAUGAGGCGUGGAGGUUGCACAUAGAGAAAGAGCCACUCUCGCGGUCUCUCAAGGGCAGACCUUUCGAUCACGAGGAAUUCAUGGAGAUUCUGUUUCCAGAUGUUAUUGGUUCAGGAGGAGCACCCAAGCGCAUCACAAAGCAGAGAAGAAAAGAUACGAGCGGCUUGCAGCAGUUGGACGACCAAGAUCUUUCGCUAGCGGACACUGCCAACAACAGUCUCCUGGAUAUGCUGGGCGACACCAGCUUUGCAGCCCCUACGCAGCACAGCCUGGUCGGCUCGGCACUCGGCUUCCCGACGGCAGCCAUCACGCAGCAGUCUCAGCAUCAGUCGCCAAUGCCGCCGCCGCAACAACUUCAAUCCCCGCUACCGCCACAGCAGCAGCUUCAGCAACACCAACAGCAGCCCCCGCAGCGGUCCAUCCCGUCCCCCGCGAUCAACUCGAGAGCAUCCAUUGCUUCUGCGAGUGCUCUCACGCCACCGGAUGAGAACCCCACCCCGGCCGCCAAAACCACCCGUAAGCGCUACCCCGCCGACCAGCCGUCCGCCCCGGUCGACAAACGCCGCCGCACAACCGCGGCGCCCAAUGCCUUUGUCGAUCUGUCUCAUCCCGCCCAGGUUGCGCAGGCUGGCGGCGGCGUCAACGCCCGGCCCCCGACAACGACUACGACGCAUCAAGCACAAGGUGUAUCAGCGACAAUCGCGGAGGACCUAUUGCUCCAGCUAUCCGAGAAUGUCAAGCAAUCUCGGCCGCUCCGGUGGCCAGAGCAGGCCAUGGAAAUGUUCUUCCGCGAGUUUUGCAACGAGGACAUGGAUCUCCAGGUCAAGAUCGCCGAGAAAGUGUUGACUGACCCGAGCAAAGCCAUGGUAUUUUGCAAGAUGCCGCCCGAAGUGCGGAGUCAUUGGGUAGGAAGGCUGCGCGACAUACAUUUUCGCGCCGGGCCUGGGGUGUAGUAAACGCAUUGGUUAGGGGCUUGCAUCAUUCUCUAAGCAUCGAUUUCAUUUGUCUUUUUUUUUCUCAUUGCGUGUCUUUUUUGAAUACUUAAGGUGGUACAUUUCUUUGAUAGUUUUGCGUUUCGUCUCAUCAUGACAUGGAGUUGGGGUGUUCAGCGGUAUUAUCUCACAUUGAGUGUUUUUGUGCAUUUCAUUUCUCAAAGUACCACAUCGGAGGCUAGUGUUUGCAGGAGGUCUUAUGAUUAGGGAGACUAGCAGUCAUGUUCACUUUACGACUAGUUGCAUCUCUGGCGGCGUUCCGGGUGUUUGCUUGGCCGACGUAGUAAUAUGAAAGAUAUUGUAUUCGGCGCAGAAGCGAAUGACUAGUAUGCCUCUUUUGCAGCGAGACAUGUCAGAUCCC